AUGGCUAAGGCAAUUCUUGCUAUCAACGCCGGCACGUCGUCUGUUGGAGUGACAAUCUUUGACGUCAGCUGUCCGCCAAGAGAGAUCGCAACAGCAGCGAUUGUCGGUAUCACUUCAUCACCCACUAUCUUCAAAUAUUCGCAUGGUGACAAUAGAAAGAGCCAGGACAUCAAAGAGCACAUUGAAACCCCGCAGGAUGCCUUCAGAUACUUGCUAGCUCAUUUUCUGGAUGAUUCCAAACUCACUGUCACUAAAGACAAAGCUGAUUUUUCAUAUGUCUGCCACCGAGUUGUCCACGGGGGCGAUUUCAACCAAGCAACAGUCAUCGAUACCAAUACACUCCACUACCUGGAAGCUUUACGAGAUCUAGCACCAUUACACAACACCCCAUCUUUAGAUAUUAUCCGAACAUGCCUCGAUGAGAUUCCCGCUGCGAAAAGCGUGGCAUAUUUUGACACGACUUUCCAUCGGUCAAUACCUGACUACAUAAAAACAUAUCCCAUUCGCCAAGAAGUUGCCCGGUCAAACUGGUUGCGAAAGUAUGGUUUUCAUGGAAUCAGUUAUGAGUUUGUUUCUAGAUCCGUUGCCGAGUUUUUGAUGAAACCCCUGGAAUUGACGAGCAUCAUUGCUCUUCAUCUUGGAAGCGGUGCUUCCGUGUGUGCCAUCAAGAAUGGAAAGUCACUGGAUGCUUCAAUGGGCCUCACGCCCCUUUCUGGGCUACCAGGCGCAACACGCAGCGGAGAUAUAGAUCCAACGUUGGUCUUUCACUAUACUUCGGAAGCAAGCAAAAUAAGCACAUCAAAAGACCUACAUCUCACACGGGCUGAAGAAAUUCUCAAUAGAUCUGCCGGCUGGAAGGCACUCACAGGCACGACUGAUUUUUCCAAAAUAGCAACUGAAACGCCAGAGACCGAUAUGCACAAGCUCGCAUUCGAUUUAUUCGUAGAUCGAGUUGCCGGGUUUAUUGGAAGCUACUUCGUGAAGCUGGAUGGCAAUGUGGAUGCUCUGGUCUUCGCCGGCGGAAUUGGCGAGAAAAGCGCUAUGCUGAGAAAAGCUGUUGCCCAAAAGUGCCAAUGCCUACAAGUCUCAAUCGACCCGCAGGCUAAUUCUGCUGACAUUUCAGAUGACUCGCCUACUGUUAUUAACAUAUCCGAGAAGCCUCAUCAGAGACCUGCAGUCCUCAUUUGCCAGACUGACGAGGAGUUUGAGAUGGCAUACCAAUGUGCCAAUAACCCUCCCUAA